AUGGAGACGGGAGAACAAAAAAAAAAAAAAGAGACGGGACGUGAUGAGAUUGUCAAAUUGGGCAUUGUUUCUUAUUCUCUUUUUCCAACACUGACUUUCGCUUUCUUUCUUUCUUUCUUUCUUUCUUUAUUUCUUUCUUUCUUUCUUUCUUUCUUUCUUUCUUAUCGCCUUCCUAUUUCUUUCAUUUUCUUUCUCUCUUUCCUGUUCUUUCUUUUAUCUUUCUUCAAUUUUCUAACACCUUUUUCUUUCAUCCUUUCAAACCUCUUUCUUUUUUCUUUCUUUCUUUCUUUCUUUCUUUUUCUUCUUUUCCUUUCUAACCUCUUUCUUUCUUGCUUUCUUAUCGCCUUUCUUUAUUUCUUUCUUUCUUUCUUUCUUCCUUUAUUUAUUUAUUUAUUAUCACCUUCCUUUUUCUUUUUCCUUUCUAACCUCUUUCUUUCUUCUUUCUUUCUUUCUUUCUUUCUUUCUUAUAGCCUUUCUUUUUCUUUCUUUUUCUUUCUAACCUCUUUCUUUCUUCCUUAUCACCUUCCUUUUUCUUUUCCCUUUCUAACCUCUUUCUUUUUUCUUUCUUUCUUUUUUCUUUCUUUCUUUCCUUUGUUUUUUCUUUGUUUUUUCUUUCUUUCUAAGCUCUUUCCUGUUCUUUCUUUUAUCUUUCUUCAUUUUUCUAACACCUUUUUCUUUCUUCCUUUCAAACCUCUUUCUUCUUUCUUUCUUUCUAAACACUUUCCUUUUUCUUUCUUUUUUCUUUCGAAGAUCGAACUUUUUCUUCUUUCUUCCUUUCCUUCUAACCUCUUUCCUUUUUCUGUCUUUUAUCUUUUUCUAACGUCUUUUUCUUUCUUUCUUUCUUUCUUUCUUUCUUUCUUUCUUUCUUUCUUUCUUUCUGUGACACACAGAAUCUUCCUUGAUCUUCCCCAAGUUAACAUUCUUUCUUUCUUUCUUUCUUUCUUUCUUUCUUUCUUUCUUUCUUUCUUUCUUUCUGUGACACACAGAAUCUUCCUUGAUCUUCCCCAAGUUAACAUUCUUUCUUUCUUUCUUUCUUUCUUUCUUUCUUUCUUUCUUUCUAGUUUCACGCGCGUUUUUGCUUUCUUGAUGGGAAUGUGUUUGGAUUCAUCCAGCUUCGAAUCAUAUGACAAAUGGAAUGUUUAUUGCUUUCAAUCGGCCCUCUUGGCCGUGUUAAUCACCAACCCUUUCUCCUCAUACCAACUUGUCCUCCUGACCAAUUGA